AUGGAUGAAAAGCAGGGCUGCUCAGGAGCAGAAGAAGGACAUCAAGAUUUAGCAGAGACAUCCAAGCCUCCUAUGGUCAUCCCUUCAGGUGAAGAGGAUGAUUAUGAAAUCAUGAACUCAUUACAAGCACCCCAGGAAGCAAAAGAGACCACCAACCAACCAGGUGAGAAAAGUCCCAAUUCUUCCAUGACAACUAAAGAACUUCAGGAAUACUGGCGGAAUGAGAAACGGAGCUGCCGAGAAGUCAAGGUGCUUUUUGAAAUCCCAUCAGCCAAAAUUGUAGAGAAGGCUUUCUCUAAAUAUGUGAAGUACCAAAUCAUCAUAAUCCAGACUGGCAGCUUUGACAGCAACGUGUCAAUGAUUGAACGCCGGUAUUCUGAUUUCGAAAAGCUGCACACGAGCCUGUUUAAGGAGUUUUAUGACGAAAUGGAAGACCUUGUCUUUCCCAAAAAGAUCCUGACUGGCAAUUUCAUGGAGGAGGUCAUCCUGGAGAGAAAACUCGCUUUCCAGGAUUAUUUGCGAAUUCUGUACUCCAUGGAAUUCAUCAGGACAUCUCGGAUGUUUAUUGACUUUUUAACGAGGCCUGAGCUGGAAGAGGCCUACAGCUGCCUUCGGGGAGGACAAUACACCAAAGCGUUGGAAGGUCUUCUGGAGGCCGUCGCUUUGCUAGAGAAGCUGACAAGGCACCGGCCCAUUCUGUUGGUUCCCACCCUCUGCGCCAUCCUUGUAUGUCACAAAGAUCUGGAGAACGUCAAAAGCGCCUUCGAAUUUGGAGAGAAGGCCCUACAGCGCUUAGAAAAACAAACUGGUCACCGGUACUACCUGCCACUGCUGGAAACGAUGAUCUCCUUAGCAUAUGAACUUGGGAAAGACUUCCUGUUCUUCCAAAAGAAGAUGGAAGAGAGGAAGGCCAAAAAGCUUCCGCAGAAAAUGUUGACACUGAAGGAACUGAUAGUACAGGAAUACGUAUAAUGAGGAGAAGAG